AAUAUAUAUAUAUAUAUAUAUAUAUGCAUGCUGUAAUUAACUUUCUCAAUAAAUUUAUAAACUGCAACACAAAUAAAAAUGCUAUAUAUAAAUAGAGGAUCUAUUAUCUUUACAGAGAACAAGACGUGCAGACGUAGACACUGAAAAAAGAGAAAGACUACAGCGCUAUCUGGUGGACAUUUGGCAAAUUAUACAGAGCUGCUGAGUUGCUGGCUUUUGAAUUACUUAUAGCUGUAAGAAUUACUAGCUGGUAAUUUUUCAAUAACAAUUGACAGCGCCUGCACUUCCAUUUGUGAGUCCCCUAGAUUUAAUGCAUAUGCAUAAUAAAAAGCACAGUAUAUAUGCACAAUAUAAAGAGAAUUCAGGAAAAUUGAGAUAUGUUGUCUUUAAGAUGACUGGGGAAAAAUGCCCCAACUGUAAACCACUGAACUGACCAACAAUUGACCAUCUGACAAAUUAAUGUCCAUGCAGCCAAAACCUUUAACUACGAAGCAACAAAAGUAUUUGGUACUCAAAGUACUACUGAAAGAAUAGUUGAGCCAAAUAUGUAAAUACUGUCAUUUACUUAGAUUUAAGUGGUUUCAAACCUGCACGACUUUUUUCUCUUUGUGGAACAUAAAAUAUGGUGUUACGCAUAACAACAACCUCUCUUUCAUUGCACCUUUUUCAUACCCUUUCAGUGUUCUGCUUCUUCAGUGUGUCGCUGUCCACGGUGCUGAAUCUGAAACGGGUCAGACAGACAGCUGUCAAUCAUUUUUCAUUCACUGACACCUUACAUUGCAUUCAAGCUAAACUGCUAAAAUGUAUAUCAAACCAUGAUAAAAUCACUACCAACACAAUUAUUAAAAUCAUGAAAAAUGAUGAGCUGUGUAAAGCGUGCAAUAGUUAGCAGUGGCUAAUAAAUUACAAUAGUUUCACUGAACAGAAAAUACAACAAAAACAUGACAGACAUUGAAACUAGUGAAAUUCACACAUGCAAUCAAAGAAAUGAAAUAAUACAUCUAAAAAAAAAAAUAAAAUAAAAAAAUCUACACAAUUGCUUUUAUCCAUUCAACUUUUCACGAUAACGUGUCAGAACUUGAUUUUACUAACCAAUAAUUUAAUUCAAAAUUGGGUGAAAGUGCAAUACAUUUGGCAACUUUUUAGCGUAAAAUAACUUGCAUUCAUUUUUAAACUAUUUGUAUAUUGUAAAUACAUUUCUUAGAUAUUGGAUACGGUAAUUCAUUUUCUUUGAUCGCAUGUGUGAAUUUCACCAGAAGCAUGUGAAUUUAAAUGCGCUCGGUUGUCGACAUCUGCUGUCAGGAGCUUCACCGAGCACCACCACCAUCAUCCUCCUCAUCAUCCUCCCCACCCCUCAACCUCUCCCUGCGGGAACGACAAUAUCCAGCUCUUAACAUUCCCAAUUUGGAAUUGCAAAUCCUCGCCAAAGGACCCAGUUUGAGCGGCAUAAACCACAUUCUUUCUUUAAUGGCGUCAGAAACGCGUCUCACGCUCGCGUUAUCGUUCAGGAGGUAUGGCGGCUAAUCAGACGCUCUGUGAAUUCGCAUCAGUCAGAUUUUCAAUGCAUGCGUUUGAUGUGAUUGUAAUACGAUCGUUAAAGCAUAAUACCGAUCUUCAAUAGGCAUUCAAAAGAUGCAUAUAUUAUGCGCGCAUACGUUGCACAAAUAGCCUAAUCAAAUCGCAGGUGUUGCUGCAAACAGGAUUAAGCGAUGAAAUUCCAUUUCAAAAUGCAUGACGGAAUGGACAGACUGAUUUGAAAGCGCUGGUUGCAUUGGUGUGCGUUUGUAAUUACUGGAUGCUGAAGAGUCUGGGGAGAGUUUGAGGUGGUCCACACCCCGUCAUUGUUCCAGCCAUGUCCCCUCCAGCAUCCGCUGCGACAGCCAGUGAGAGCAGCACCACCACUGUGUUUGAGGACGACCCAGACGGCACUAGAGAGGAGCAGAGGCCUGUGAAACAGUCACUGAGCAAGUCCAUGUGCAGAGAGGUGUUCUGGAAAUGCCUGCUGCUGUCCAUGCUCAUGUAUGGCUGCAUGGGAGCCAUGGUGUGGUGCCACGUCACCAAGGUCACCCGCUUGACCUUUGACAGUGCCUACAAAGGGAAGUCCAUGAUGUAUCAUGACAGUCCCUGCUCCGAUGGCUACAUCUACAUCCCCCUGGCCUUCCUCAUCAUGCUUUAUGUCGUUUACCUGGUGGAGUGCUGGCACUGCCAUGCCAGAAAUGAGCUUCAGUAUAAAGUGCACGUGGAAGGGAUUUACGAAAGAGUCCAGAGGAUGCAGCAGGCCAAGCCUUGCAUCUGGUGGAAGGCUAUCAGCUACCACUAUGUGCGGCGGACGCGACAAGUCACGAGGUACCGCAACGGAGAUGCGUACACCACCACGCAGGUGUAUCACGAGAGGGUGAACACGCAUGUAGCCGAGGCAGAGUUAGACUACGGCCACUGUGGAGUUAAGGAUGUCUCCAAGCAGCUCGUCGGGCUGGAAAAGUCAGCCAUCACCAAACUGAGGUUCACCAAGUGCUUUAGCUUCGCCAACGUGGAGUCCGAAAACUCCUAUUUGACCCAACGGGCAAGGUUCUUCACCGACAACGAAGGACUAGAUGAUUAUAUGGAGGCCCGGGAGGGGAUGCACCUGAAAAACGUAGACUUUAAAGAGUACAUGAUUGCCUUCUCCAACCCCGACCACCAUCCUUGGUACGUCUCCAACUACGUCUUCUGGACAGCGGCCUUUCUUACCUUAUCCUGGCCGCUACGGGUGCUGAUGGAGUAUCGCACGGCCUACGUCCAUUACCGUGUGGAAAAGCUCUUUGGUGCCGACUACAUACCUGUGACGCCCUGCGAUGAGAGACCUUACUGUAGACGCAUCCCAAGGGUCAACACUAUCGACAGCACCGAACUGGAGUGGCACAUUCGCUCCAACCAGCAGCUGGUGCCCAGCUACUCGGAAGCGGGUCUGAUGGACCUGGCGCAACGUUCAGGAGGCGUCAGACAGAACUGUGAACGCUGCCAUCGCGCCAUCAGCAGCUCCUCCGUGUUAACCCGCAGCGCCCUUAGCAUUUGCAAUGGCAGUCCACGGAUCCCCUUCAGCGGGAGUCGCUUCUCCUUGGGAAGACUGUACGGUUCCCGCCGCAGUUGCUUCUGGAGAAGCGGGAGCGGCAGUCUGGACGAACCUGAGAGCCCAAGCGAGAACACGCGAUGCCUGUCUGGACGGAUCAAUGCUGACGAGGAAGACCCACCACCCUACCAGGAUGCGCUGUAUUUCCCGGUGCUUAUCGUCCAUUGCAAUGAGAGUUGCCCCAAUCAUCGCUCCUUCCAUAGGAAUGGCUCAUGCGUGGAGACGUCUUUAUGAUGGACCUCUGUCCACCGAAAGAAGUUCAAAAGACUUGAGAGUCUUUCCGAUAAUGCAGAAAAAUCUCAAUACUGGACAUGUCCUGUUACUCAGGAAUCAUUUAUUGGCCCACAACACUGUACGCUUACAACAAUGGAUGGAGCAAUUGAGAAAUAACUCCAGUAAUACAUAUUUAUAUAGCAAUAAUGCAAACAAAGCAUUGAAGUUCUUGGUACAAGUAAUACUUUUUGAUUAACUUGCGCUCCAGGACAGCAAAAACGGGCUGAUUUUGUUCACAUGUUCUUGACAGCUAUAAAGAACAAUGGCCACAGAGCAAAAACCUGGUCUUUUUUCUACAAGUAUGACCAUUUUCACCUUUAUGAACCUUCUUAAAUGUUGCACUUGAAGUUACAUCAGUCAAAACAUCUGUAAACGAAUGUUACUUUGUUUCUCUCAUGUAGUGGAUUCCAUUGGCCCAUGAAAUGUACGGUUUACAUUCAUGUAAGAACACUCCUCAUGUAUGCGAGAAAAAUAUCAUGGGUUAUUUGUACUUUUAUUGUGAUUUAACUGCAUCAGGCAGAACUAUAUACAAUUAUGAACUAUUAUGGCGAUGUUUGCAACACUCUCUCAAACCACUUAGGAAACCAUAAAACACAUUUCAGGCUAUGCAACUAUUAACCUCUGGUAUGUUACGCCUUUAAAACGUAUAUCCAAUUUACAAUGGAAUGUAUGACUGUUGAAGCUUUUCUUUACAUCGCUUGUAUGUAGUGUACAAACUAUCCAACAAGGACUUAUUUAGUGAAGACAGACACAAACAGGCUUGACUAUUAGUGAAUGUUUAAGGGUUUAAUAGCUGGCGGCUGCUCUUGUACUUAGCCAGAAAUUGCAGUGGAUCAGAGUAAAUGAAAAGGAUCAAUUAAAAACAGUAUAGGAGAGGAGAAAAAUAUGUUUCUUUAUGCAGCUGUACAUUCAUUUAUUGAUUAAUUAAUAUUGUUUUGCAUUAACCAUAACAAAGGUGCAGCCUCAUGAAAGCUCCAUUCAAAGUGGUUUUACAAUACCAAUGAUACCUGAAUGCUGAAAAGAAGUAUUGACCCUCAACAAUGGCCUAGAGCUUCCCAAAGACACUUUUUUUUCCUUUUUUUUUUUUUAUCUUGUUCAUGCAGUCGAUCCAGAUAUACCCUACAUAUCUCUGGUCUGUUACCUGUUGUGUCUAAAGUUUGCAAAAGCAUUUAUCAACAUUGUGUCAUAUCACUUUUAUACUAUCUAGAUAAUGUAUAACAUGUCAUGAAAACGUAAAAACGCCAUCACUAUGCUGCCUUCAUGUAGCACACAUUAAACAUUAUGUUAAAGGGAUAUAAAAUCACUGAAUAAACUGCUUAUGGAUACACAGAAAUGAGUAACCACUGUGUAAAUGUGACUUGCCAGAAAAGAGAACAAAAGUCAUGUCAAGUUACACUUAGGUCAUUCCUGUUUUUUUUUUUUUUUUUUGUAAUUUAAGGAAGUAUUUCUAUAAAAGUUUUUAUAAAUCUGCUCUGGUCAACCUUUAAUUUUGAUUACUUACAAACGGAUUUAAGUCAAGUCAAGUCAAGUUGAGCUUUGUCAUUCUGCUACAUGUGUGGACAUAUAGUGGAAUGAAAUGUUGUGUCUUGCAGGACCACGGUGCUACAUACUAGUUAAACAUAAGAUAAACAUACAACAAUGCAAAUAUAGGAAGAACAAUAGAGCUAUACAACAGUUUAACCAUCUGACUAUACUUAUACUAUAAAUACUAUAACUACUAUACCUAGUUGACUACACAUACACAAACUGAGACUGUACAAGAACUUUACAUAAAUACUGUACAUGUAAAGAGAUAUUUGUAGAUGAAAUUGUGCAGAAAAAUAUGUUUUGUACAUUAAAUUGUUGUGCAGAAGAGAGAUUUUGUGGGAAGUAGCACAUAGUGCAAAAAAGAUUUUGUAGUGCAAUGCUCAAGUAAACAUAUAUUAUCUUAUUGAGUCUUUGUAGCAGGGAGUGUUUAUAGAAACAUAAUUUGAUGAAUGUUCUAGAGAUAAACAAACCAACUAACACCAAAAAACAUCCAAGAUCAAUUCAUAUCCAUUGAUAUUACUUACAAAUGUUUGCUGUUGAAUUCACACCAAAAUAAUUUCACUUCCUGGAGGAAAAAAGUUAAAAAAAGGCAGAUUGCCUUCCAGUGUGCAGUUAUGAGAAAACACCACUAGAUGUCAAUAUAGAAUGUCACAUAAAAUAUUUCGGGUAAUUUUACUGUAUAAGCAGAACUAUAUACAGUGGGUAUGGAAAGUAUUCAGACCCCCUUUAAAUUUUUCACUCUUUGUUAUA